CAUCACCUGUAUAAAACUAAAACUAUCGAUAGGAAAACGCUCCUAGACACUAAAAUCGAGGCAAACCUCAGAUCUGUAUCUUUCGACGCCGGUGACAGGUUUUUCCGCCGGCGUCGGGACUGUUCAUCGUCUCCUUUUGUCUAUUUUACUUUCAUGUUUUUCUUUCUUACCGUUAUGCUGUCUGUUCAUGCAUCCUGGUUUCAACGUUUGGCGAAACCACCGUCUGUGAAGAUCUUCGUAGACUCAGAGCCUUGGUCUGAACCUACGAAACCAAUACAUUUUACCGGGGGCUCCCGGAACGCCGAGUCAAUUAGUGGGGUUCCACUUUUGAUCCGAUGGCCUGUUCUGAAAGCAAGAGGCACGAUGAGGUUGUGCUCUCCUCUUCACGCUCUCAACAUCAUCACUCCGGCAGGCGUCUGCCAUGACCGUUACUCCGGCGAGAAAUUCUGUACUAUCAUAGGCUACGUCUCUUCUCCGAUCUGUCAUGCCGUGCAACCUGUCCACUCUGAUGUGACCAGUUUCAGAUCCGCCGCGUCCUUCAUCUCCUCUUCACGUAGGUUCGGCGGCGUACAGUUUGGUGACCCGAACCCUAGCAGCAUGACUAUCUGGGCCUGGCCCAUUAAGGGUUAUAAAGAGGUCAGCCCAUUUCUUAGUUGCCCAAUUUCUAAAGGAAAAGUUUCAAAGCCCACAUUUAUGUGGGGGAGUGUGACCAUUUUAGCCAACUUGCUAAUAGUUUUCGAUGGGUUCAUUGAGACUAUUACCGAAACUCAUAAGCACUCAGUGCCUUAUUUCUCUUAUACGAAGAGUUCUCAUAGUAUCCGUUUACUGGUGGAUUCACCGGGAAAAUCUACAUCAUUAUCAUCCUUCUUUCGCAAGAGGCGAGCCGUAUUACCCCGUCCCUCAUUUAUGAGGAAUGUUUUCCCUCCGAACACUAAAUGGAGGUGUGUAUCUUUAUCUAUAGCCGAUUUGUUAUCUUGUGUACCGGUCCGUUUGGGGCCUGAAGAUGCAACGGAUGUUGUUUCGACGAUAUUUCGAGGUGCGGAUUGGAUCUUAACGUCACAAUACAAAGUGACUAAAUCUCAAGUCUCUGGCAUUGCCUUGAGUCUUGCUCCGACGCAUUCGAGCUAUGCUUCGAGUUCGCUGUCAUUCUAUCGUAGAGGUCUCUCUACUUUUAGCUUGUAUGUUUUAAUGCUUGUUGUUGUUAGAGUUUGGUUAAACUCUUUUCUUAUUUGUAGUUUGAAUGUUUGAGUAUUAAUGAAAAUUGUGUUUCAAAAAAAAAAGACACAUCACCUGUUUCAGAAAAGCACAAAGGCAUUGCUUAAUUCAAUUCAUAUAUAUAAUCUGGAACAGUUCUGCCACUUAGUGUAUCUAUCACACAAGAAGAAGAAGAAAAAACCCUUUAAUUCAUCUCUAAUGGCUCUGAUAAGCUUGUUUGAAAUCUCCAUUGCUUUCUUUUGCUUUUUUCUCUUUCGACAUUUCUUGAUCAACAAGAAACCUCACCGUAAGUGUCCCACAAACUGGCCUUUCCUCGGUAUGAUUCCUGGUUUGCUUGUCGAAAUCCACCGUGUUUACGACUUCAUAACCGAGAUUCUCGAGGUCACGAACUUAACCUAUCUUUGCACAGGCCCGUGUUAUGCGGGCCUCGACAUGUUGGUCACGGUUGAUCCUUCUAACAUCCACCACAUCAUGAGCUCAAACUUCUCAAACUACCCUAAGGGUCCCGAGUUCAAGAAGCUAUUCGACGUUUUGGGAGAUGGGAUCUUCAACGCCGAUUCGGAGCUGUGGAAGGAUCUGAGGAAGUCAGCUCAAAGCAUGAUGAUGCAUCCCGAGUUCCAAAGGUUCUCAUUAGCUACAAGCUUGAGUAAGCUAGAGAAAGGGCUUGUCCCACUUCUUGACCAUGUCGCUAAAGAGAAACUCGUUGUGAACUUGGAAGAUGUGUUCCAAAGGUUCACGUUCGAUACUACGUGUGUUUUAGCGACCGGGUAUGAUCCAGGUUGUCUCUCGGUUGAGAUGCCAGAAAUCGAGUUUGCAAGAGCCUUAGACGAUGCAGAGGAAGCAAUAUUCUUCAGACAUGUCAAGCCGGAGAUCUUGUGGAAGAUGGAAAGCUUCAUUGGCAUAGGAGAUGAGAAGAAGAUGACGAAAGCUCGCAAGACUUUUGACCGUGUUUGCUCUAAGUACAUAGCUUCAAAGAGAGAUGAGGUAAGCCGUGGGGUUACAAAUAUGGAUUCUCAAGAUUUGCUGACGUCUUACAUGAACUUGGAAACGACCAAGUACAAGCUGUUGAAUCCAAGUGAUGACAGAUUCCUUAGAGACACGAUCUUGACCUUCAUGUUAGCGGGCCGAGACACGACAGGAUCUGGACUCACUUGGCUCUUCUGGCUUCUAUGUAAGUUUCCAGAAGCCAUGGACAAGAUUCGUCAGGAAAUCAAGACAGUUCUAUCUCCAAAAACAAAGACUGAUGAUGAUGAUGCUGAUUCCGAUUCAUUCAAUCCCCAAGAGUUAAAGAAGUUGGUGUAUCUACAUGGUGCAAUUUGUGAAGCCCUCAGACUCUAUCCACCUGUUCCCUUUCAACAUAAGUCUCCUACUAAAACCGACGUUCUUCCAAGUGGACACAAAGUUGAAGCCAACUCCAAGAUCUUGUUCUGUCUUUACUCAUUAGGGAGAAUGAAAACGGUCUGGGGAGAAGAUGCAUCGGAGUUUAAGCCGGAGAGAUGGGUUUCUGAGAGUGGGAAGUCGGUACAUGAGCCGUCUUAUAAGUUCUUGUCCUUUAACGCUGGUCCAAGGACUUGUUUGGGGAAAGAAGUGGCUUUGACGCAAAUGAAGAGCGUGGCUGUGAAAAUCAUACAAAACUAUGAGAUUAAGAUGGUUGAAGGGCAAAAGAUCGAGCCAGCUCCUUCUGUUAUUCUCCACACGAAGGAUGGUCUUAAAGUCACAGUCACUAAGACAUGUUUGGUCUGAAUUUUCUGAAGUAUAAUCUAUGUUUGCAACAGUAGAUGCUUCCUCUGUCCUCCAAGUGUGGUGAUCUCAUAUCAGUUUUUAAGAGUUCAUCCAAUAAAAUUAAAUUAUAACAUUA